CACUUCCCGUUUGGGUCCGCCCUCCCUCCGUCCUCGGCGAGAGGGUCGAGCGCGCUGUCGCUCCGCGUUCCAUUAAAGCGAAAAGAUAAAGUUACAGUGCUACAGUGAACACACGGAACGUUCAUGGCGACCUGUGGAGCUGAAGUGAAGACCCGGCCCGCGGUUUCGCGGCGGUUGUCCAGGUGAGUGACGAUGGCCUCAGAGGGAUUGAGUUAACCCUGUAAGACAAUGGAGGAAGCUGGACACAGAGGAAGACGGAAUAAAAAAGCCUCUGUGGGAACAAUUCUGGUCCUCAUGUACAUGUUCAUUCCCACUCGGGCAUGGUUACAACCUUCAGAGGAGCACUCGUGUGAAAUUGGAGAGUAUCCCACUGAAGAAGGAGUUUGUUGCAACAAGUGCUCUCCGGGUUUUAAACUUGUAGAGAAGUGUCAUGCUACAGGCCAGAGAAGUAACUGCACGCCAUGUCCUACUGGACAGUUCAUGGACCAAAUGAACUACUUCUCCAACUGCAGACCUUGCAAACGCUGUAAAACAUCACAUCAUGAAUAUAAGGCAUCAGCUUGUGAAAGACACCAGAACACUAUUUGUCGCUGUGAUGACGGUUAUUACAAAUUUUACAUCGACUCAGGAUUGUACCAGUGUCGCAAAUGUUCACAAUGUGGACGCGAUGAAAAGGAAAAACUAAACUGCACGCCGCUGAAAGACACUGUUUGUGAAUGUAAGCAGAACUACUACAGUGUCAACAACAAGUGUGAACCCUGCAAGACUUGUACCGCUGAGUGCAAACAUCUCUGCUCAUCACCUUCUACCCUGAAUACAAAAGCUUCUGACACAGGAAAAGAUUUUCUUAUAAACAUCAUUGCUGGAGUUGUUACUGUGGCCCUUGUGCUGUUGGUGCUGGUGGUUCUUAUCACUCACGUGGCCACAAAGCGGUUUACCAAGAAGAAGUUGCUAAAGCCGCCCUCAAAGCCACCUGAUGACUCCCCGGACUCAUGCGAGGAGGUCCUUUUCAGCAGUGAAGAACUUUCAGUCAACAUCAGCGUCGAAGCCAUCCCCAAAAGCCCGGUUGGUGAACAGCAAACAUCCAAUCUGCCUGACUGCGUCCCCCUGGAAAUCAAGCUAGCUGACCUGAUCUACUCGGUGCUGGAUCUAGUUCCUGUGCUGCAGGUGAAGCAGCUGGUGCGAACCCUCGGUGUGAAGGAUACAGAGAUCGAUCAAGCAGAGUUGGAUCACAAGUCCUGUCGUGAGGCUCACUACAAGAUGCUGCGGUUGUGGGCUGAGAGAGGGUCUCGUGCAGGUGGAGGAAGACCAGGUGGAAUGCUGCACUGGCCGUUGUUGCAGGAGCUGUUAGACAAAAUGAGAAACAUGGGCCUGGGAGGGGUGGCUGAGGAACUGGAGAUGAAGUUUGCCACUCAAUAGUUCACUGACGUGAGCCAAGUCGAACAAAAAGCUUAUGAAACCAAGUAUUUCACUCGUUGGAGACGAACUCACGGACACCCUCGAAGCACACAAAAAGAAACAGCGCUACCAGCAAUGCAGCAGUUUUACGUCAAAACCAACUUCACUGAGUAAUAUACCUCUCGUAGCUCCCAUCGGCUGAGACGACCAGAUCAAACUACUGAGAGGGGCUGAUCAGAAAGGUCAGGGAGGGAGAGCCACAGAAAACCGGAUUUUGCACUGAUAAAUUCCGCUCAACCAUGUGUAAAGAACUUUAAGUAAUGUAUGUCUAUAUGUAAUGUAUGAAUACAUAUUGAGUAUAUUUUUUAUAAGUCUGAGGAAUAGUUACUGUGGACGAUUUGGGGAAUGUGCUAAUUCUUUCCAAGAGUUAGAUGAGAAGAUUGAUCCCAGAUGUGAGUGUUGGAUUGAUUUUAUCAUCUAAAUCCUCUAGUGACAGAGUGAACAGGCAGAUUAAUGAGUCAAACCAAUUAAGUCUGAUGAAUCCUGACAAUGUGCCUGUUGCGUUGGUAUGACUAUACUGCCCGUCUUUGGGAAUACAGGGGAAUAAUAAUAGUUUUUAAGAUUUCAUACUAGAGUAAUGACUUUUUGCUAUGCAGUGCCUUCAUGCCGAGUGUAAUUUGUGCACAUAUCGUUUUAUCAUAUGGCGUUAUCAGUGUUUCAUUGAAUAGUAAACCAUUUUAACAUUUUCUUUCAUUUUUAGUGUAUGCUAAUUAUGGUUACUCCAUCUCUGUCCAAAGUCACCGAUCUGAUGAACUGAUACCUAAAUGGUCAGGGAGCUCGCCAUAUGGGCACAAAUGUCCUGAGCAAUGUCCCCUGCCCCUAUUUUGACUCCUGACCAGCUGGACUGUUUAUUGUCAUUCCCCUACUCCCUCUUCACUGUCCCUAUCAAAUAAAUGCACAAAACUAUAAAGACGCUACUGCAGCUAUGAUCAAAUGUUAUUGCAAACAUUCCCUUCAUUAGAUAAGCUAAAUUUAAUGGUGACUCUUUGGCGUGAACCAUUAAGUUAAAAGGAACUUUUUGUAGUUCCCGGUUGUGCUGGAAAAAUAGAACCAGACCUCUGCCACUUUUUACACAUGUUUCACAGCCCCAUUAGCAUUCUACAAGCAUUAUUCAUUACUGUUGGACAAAAGAGGACACGCCUUGUCUCAGUAUGCCUCAGCAAGGCAACUUUAAUAAGACCAGUCCCAGCCUGCAGAUUUAGAUGUGAAUGAGUCGCACUCUUUCAGAUUGGAGGCUUGUCAUUCCAACGCACUAUUAACCUAUUUGAAACUGUAUUAUAGGCCAAAACAUUUACUGGGUGAACAAUCAAUGCUUAACAAUGUUGAGCAGCUGUUAUGAUCUUCAGAUGCUAACAUCUGAUCCUGAAAUAAAAUGUAUAAUGUG